CAAACCAAAAUUGAGAAAACUCUCUUGGAAAAGUUCCAAUACUUUUAAAUCUUUGAAUCAAAACCAACCCGAAACUAAAUUGUAACCGGCCAAUAAUCGGCCUUCACGAGGGAGUCGUCUCACUUCUCAGGUCCGAGAAUUUUGUAGGCAUCAAUAUGCUUUAGCUUAACUAUACAUGCAAUCCCUAUCUCCAAACCAAGACGAACUCUGAUCUUUAUGAUCAUGGAAAGCAAAACCUUUGAAUCUCGAGAUCCAAAGCUGGAAGACAGUUUCUCAUUUAGCAGCUGCUACGAUUUCAACUCCUCUUCCUCUCUCACUAUCUUAUCCGAUAACGAUCAGACAGACGAUGACGAUGAAGACUCGUUUAUCGAAAUUUCUCUUGACCCCGCACAUCUCGGCGAUGGUGAUCUUGGUGGCGGCCGUGGAGUAGAGGACUGCGAUGAUGAUGAAAUGGAGCAUCUUAGAUCGUUUUCAUCCGGCGUUUUCCUUCCCACCGAAACAAAAACCUCGGAGUUAUGCGAGUCUGUAACUUCCUGUACAUCGUCUUUGUCGUCGUCGUCUUCGUCGGUGUAUACUUUCAGCUCUUCCUCCACGGAAGAAGAAAGUCAGCGGAAUUCACAGGUGGAGUCGAAGCUUUGUAAUUCUAGAAUGCAGAAGACUAUUAGAAGCAAGGUAUUGUUUCCGGCAGUCAACCGCUUCGUCAAUACGUUCACUUCCAGUUUCAGGGAAUCGUCGGAGAUUGACCAAGGAGAUGGCCGUUUGCCAGACGCCAACCAGUUGGACCUCGCAGCCAGCAGCACAAGCAAACCAUCAAAGAUAACAACAACUACAAUAACAAUAAACAAUGGCGCCAUGAUGAACUUCUUUACAAUAUUUCGAGCGCUGAAAGUCAGAACAUUACUAGCAUCAUUUCUCAAGGCCUCCAAGGCAAAGUCUACGAAUGACAAGGGAAAAAUACGAGAAAAGACAAUGAUCUGGAGCUAUAACCAGAGCCUAACCAAGCCAACAAUGGACAAGGGUUCAAUGGAAACGAAGCAAGGAAAGAGAUCAAGAGUGUUAGAACUGAACUUGGACUCCAUUAGAAGGGUCUUGGAAGCCAUGAAUAUUAGGAACAUUGGUCGCAGAGAAAGAAGAACAAAAAGCUGCCCUGGUUCAACUAAGUCCUCUCCAAUUCACCAGCGAUUUCCCUCUGAAAAUUAUACAAGUUCAUCAGCUGCCACUGAUAACAAUAUUCAGGCAGCUAUUGCUCAUUGUAAGAGAUCAUUCGGCCCAGAUGAUUAAUGUUUUAUUUUUUUAGCUUCUCUAUUAUAUAUAAUUUCCAUUACAAAUGCUCUCAAUAAAUUAAAAUCCAUUACAAUGAGAGUUUUGACAUGCAUUGUGUUCUGCCCUCCCAAUUAAUUGCCCUGAAUUCUCUUAUUAGCUCAAGUUUGAACUCUUGUAUGCCAACAAUUAAUCAAAAUUUGCUUGCUCUUAA